CUCUGUUUUUUUUUUUUGUUUUUUUUUUUUUGUGAAAACGACGUGGAUGCACGUGCUGUCAUGCCUCCGGGUAGCUACGCCCCUGCUGAAUUUACAGGGAAAAGAUACAGUAAUAUGCAGGUAUUUUUAUUAUAUCAAAGAAAAAGCAUUUUGUAGGAUCGUAGAGAAUAAUAAAGAGCAUGAUACUUGAUGUUUAUUUUUUUCUAAAUCAUGCGCAUAAUUACACAAUGCCUACAUCAGGUUAUAGAUUUUACAUCGUUGGUUAUUUUCAUGAUGUGUAAUGGAUACUUUCCCAUCAAUAACAGAAACCAAAUUAAACAAUAAAAUUUCCAAAUUCUUAAAAUAUGCCCAAGGAUAGGAUGGAAGAGAUGGGAGAAUGUCAUGCAAAUUUCAUGAAAACAGUUGGAAUGCCAAUUCAAAACGGCGAUAACAAAACAUUAAAUAAGAAACAAAUAUAUUAGAUAUGAAAUGACCACAACCAUUGACUUACAGUUCUGACUUGAUACAAGCACUUAGAGAAUGUGAAAUGGAUAAAAAUGUUUUUGAGCACUCUGGACUGUCUCCCUUACCUCACAACAUACAAAGGAACUGUAAAAUAAAAAUAAUAAUAAUAUACAUUGUGUAAGUCUAAAGCGCUUUACAAGAUUUACCUUCAUCAGUAACGGGCCAACCCAAACAUUUGAAAGCCAGGGAUGCAUAAAUACGUAGAAACGUUAUGAGCUAUAUGACCAAAAAGACAUAAAAAGAAUAGACACAAUGACAUAAUUUCAACUUUGCCUGAGGUAACGAAACAGGAAACUAGGUCGGCGAGCCUCGCUUUUUUUCUGUUUCUAAAGCUCAUGCAAAUACAUUUAGAAUUUUCAAACACAGUAAUUUUUGUAUUAUAUUCAAGCGAAAAGCCAAAUCACAAAGGUUUAAUCAUACAUUAAUAAAUGUUAAUGUAUGUAACAUGACCUAAUUUAAAUGGUUAUCAUAGUUAUAUAAACUUUAAUAUCAAUGUUGGUCUCAGAACAUACGUGAAAUCGAUUUAAACUUAUUUACAUUAUAGUGUCAAUUUUAAUUUACAAUAUUGUUGUACAUUUCAACAGUUUUGUACAUAUUCUUAAAUCUAAACUCACUCAUCCUGAAACAUCAAAUGAACCUAAUAAUUAAUUUAAUAUAACUGACGUGUGCAGCUUACAAUGUUCCAUUACGAUCUCGUAUUUAUCAAACAUCAAAUUCAACGCAACAAAAAGAAUAUACUUUACUUUAUCUGCAUUUCAGUCAUCAUUAUAUAUCUGUUCAAUGCAAAUAACAAAAAAGAAUUUCACCACUUUGAUUUCGUUUACAGCAACCUUAGUAGUAUUAUAGCUGAGAUUGAGAAAACUGGUACAACUUCAACACAGCCGUUGAAUAAUUUAACUUCAUCUUAUAGACUGCUGAGAAAUCCUCGUCAGAAACAAUGCCAAUCGAACUCAUGCCUUACUGUUGAUAUAAUAUACCUCGUCAAAUCUGCUGUGUUAAAUUUUAGUCAAAGAAAGGCAAUUCGUGAGACAUGGGGCAAAGAUGGAGAUAUACGUAUAAUAACAAUAUUCAUAUUAGGAUAUAGCGAAUCCCUACAAUCAUUUAUAGAGACAGAAUCCAUAAUUCAUGGUGAUAUAUUGCAGUUUGAUAUGCAGGAUAUAUAUGACAAUCUAGUGUAUAAGACAGUCUUCUCUAUUGCUUGGUUAUGUGAUUCAAACAUCAAUACGAAAUAUGUCCAUUUUGUCGACGAUGACCGGAUAAUUAAUUCAAAAAAUCUUUUAAAACUAGCAUUAAACAAUUUACACCAGUUUGAAAUGAAAAUGAUAGGAUAUAAAGCCAACUUUGAAAAACCUUAUCGCAAUAAGUCAUCAAAGUGGUAUAUAUCUGUAACGGACUAUGAAUUUGAUGUCUGGCCACCAUACAUAAUUGGUGGGACAAUGAUCACAAAUUUGCAGGUUAUAAAAACGCUUAGGGAAGGGAUACCAUUUUCUAGGGUAAUUCGAAUCGAAGAUGCAUACAUCGGUAUAUUAGCAAGAUUGCUUAAGAUUUCUUUGGAACAUAAUAAAAACUUCACGCCAUUCUUUAUAUCAGGAUAUGAAUUGAUUAACAAAAUAUCUAGUCCUGAUUACCGAAGCUACGAUGCAAUGAUUAGGGAAUGGAAAGUUUUUAAUUCGGUCAGAAAUCACACAAUUCACAAUAACGGUAACACAUUAUAAAUAAACAGUCGAAUUGGCCCGGAAUUUUCAAAUGAUAUGAAAAGCACCUAAUUCCUUGUAAUAAUUAUUUAUCUAUGUAAUACUGAUUUGUUUGGUAUUCAAUGGUUUCUUCAUAAGAUAGACGGAUAACUAAAAAGGACAACUUUUCCUUCCAAAUUCUAACUGAAACAGUCAAUCUAAUCUGAACAGGUCAUGUGUUAUUUUCAUUGAUUAAAAGACUCAACAAUAAAUUAUUAAUUUUCAGACCUAUCCACAGAGAAAAAAUUCACUACUGUUCAAACAAUGUGCUUGCAGUCAAUUAAGAUCUGUUCAGUCUU